AUUUGUCGACGUAUGAGCGCUAUCAUGUAGACAAGGGAGUUAAAUAGCGUAUGACAGAUGCAUUUAGGUUAGCUGGAGUGAAAGUAUUGCAAUUUACCAGAAAUUAGCCAGUUUGAAACUUCUAUAUAUUCUGAUGUCAGAAGGAAAUCAUUAUAUAGAAACUGAAUGUGAUGCAGGAUUUACUUAGUUUUUUUGAGUGGUGGUGUUGACAUUUAUUUACUGUGAACUAUGCCAAUGAAGGUUCGUGCACUGUAUGACUUCAGUGGUGAACCAAAUACUGCUGAGUUAUCAAUCAGCGCAGGAGAGGUUCUCACUGUUACGAGACAGGAUGUUGGUGAAGGUUGGUGGGAAGGCAUCAACAGUGUAGGGAAGACAGGACUCUUCCCAGCUGCAUACGUCGAGGAGUUUGACAGCAAGCCGCCUGCUAUUCCCGCACCAGUUUUAUCUGAAGCAUUUACAGCUCCGGAUAACAAAACCCAGGAUUGGAGCGCAGAAAAUGACACUUGGGAUAACCAUAAUUAUCAGCAACAAGUUUCACAGCAGUCUGUGGAUACAGGAGACUAUUGGGACGAUGAAUGGGACGAUGACUCUGAAGGAGGCAACACGCAAACCGCACAUGGAAACAACACAGCCUAUGCGCUGGAAAGAGGCAUUUCGAAAAGUGGAAGUGCUGGCGAUGUCAGUGUUUUAGGCAGAUUUGAUGGAGCGAAAGGCACAAUUGGUAGAAAAAGCUUCAACAGGUUCACUGCAUUUGUCAAGUCUGGUGGUGAAAGCUACAUUCUUGGAACAUUGAAAGCGAAUGUCAAAGAUGCUGAUAAAGUUUAUAUAUUUGAAUGUGAAGAUGGCAUCAUUUGGAACCCAAUCACGGAGCCUUAUACCUGUAUAGUAGCGUCACCAAAGAAAGAAACCAAACUGAAAGGACUGAAAAGCUUCAUAGCCUACCAGAUCACACCUUCGUUUAAUAAUAUUCAAGUAUCGAGGAGGUAUAAGCAUUUUGAUUGGCUGCAUGAAAGACUAGAAGAGAAGUUCAGCUUGAUACCAAUACCUCCUUUACCAGACAAACAAAUCUCAGGUCGCUACGAAGAACACUUCAUAGAGCAUCGCAGAGUGCAGCUGCAAGCGUUUGUCGACAGUGUGUGCAGACAUCCCGUGCUGUCGCGUUGUGAAGUGUGGCAGCACUUCAUGACGUGCACAGACGAGAAGCGGUGGAAGGCGGGCAAGAGGAGAGCGGAAAAAGACGAGCUCGUGGGAGCUAACUUCUUCACGGCCCUGCAGGCUCCAGAGAAAUCACUGGAGAUUUCCUUCAUCGAGUACGAGACUGAUAAAUGCUCAAAAUUCAUUCAUGGAAUGGACGGGGCGGUGAAGAACUUGAUGGCCACUGGCGUUGACCAAACCAAGAAGCAUCAAGGUCCUUACAAACGUGAAUUCCAAAAGAUAGGUCAGGCCUUCUUGAUGUUUGGCCAAGCAGCAGAGAUUGAUUCAGCAGGUAGCCAGAGUGGUAAACUUGCAGAGGCUGUAAAAGCUACAGGAGAAGCUUAUCACCUUAUUGGGAAACUGUUUGAAGAUCAGCCAAAAAUGGACUGGGAACCAUUGGGUGACAUUCUUCACUUGUACAAGGGCAUCAUUUCCUCAUUUCCAGAUAUUCUGACUGUUCACAAGGGUGCCCUGCAGAAACGCAAGGAGUGUGAACGGUUGUCGAGUGACCACCGAAUGGAUGCGUCACAGCUGGUGGAAGUUAAUCGCAGGACAGAUGUCCUAUCCUAUGCCCUGCUGGCAGAAAUAAAUCAUUUCCAUUGUGUACAAACGUCGGAUUUCCGAGAAGCGAUGCAAAAAUUCCUUCAAGCCCAAAUAAUUUUUUAUGAAAAGAUUGUUGGUAAACUGAAAGAAACACUUGAAGUGUAUGAUCAGUAACUAUGUAAAAAAAAAAUGGGAUGUUAAUUGUUGUGGAUAAAUUAUGUUUAUCUUAUUUUGUAUCAGUUACAUAUAAUUUUAUAUUGCAACAAACUGUGUGUAUUUAUUAAUUUUCACUUGUGGUAAAUGUUUUUGUGUAGUCUUUAUUAUUCUUAAUGUAAUUAUUAUUUAUAUUUCAGAUCCCAAAAUUCAUAAUGGUGCUGUAUUAUUUAAUUAGUAAAUACUUACUUCUGCAUUUGCUUGAACAGUAUGAUGUAUAUUUUAGUGAAUUUUCAGUGAAGCCCCGUUGUAAUUUAAUGUUAGUGGCAGCAAGAAUAGAUUGAUACAUUGAUAGUAAUUUUCUACAACAGUAGUUAAAUGUACAUCACAUUUGUGUGUUCACUGUUCAUCUGUGAUUUACUGAAAAUUUUCAGUUAACUGUAAAUAAUGUGGUUGUUAGGCAUGUGUAAAACUGUCAGUUUGUUAUAGUGUUCAUUUAUUCAGUAAGGUUUGUGGAUUUUUCACAGCCAGAUUUUUAUUUUAUAUUCUAUUCCAUUCUCGGCACAACUUUGUGAUAAUACUUUAUGUUUAAACCAGACUACUUUAAAUAUGUGCAACUUCAGUCACAUAAGUUUUUAUUUAGUGUGAUACAUAAAACUUUCAUUAAUACUCUUUCUCAAUCUUUGAAAUUACACAAGUUGGAAAAAUGUGUUUAUUUUUAUGCUUCAUCACAUUGCUUUGUUUCAUUUUAUUUAUAUUGCAUAUAUAAUUUCAUUGCAUAAUAAGUUUGAUAUUUUGUUGGUGGAAUGUCUCAAUUUGCUGUUGAUUUAUACAUUGAAAUUAAUAUUAAUAACUGCCUUAAAUUUUGUGCUAUAUUUAAUUCAAAUUUUGUGUGUCCUAGACACUAGUAUACGUUUAUAUGUAUAGUCAAAUAAACAUCUUAGAAAUGUUUCACUGUGUGAAUUUUCAAUGUUUGGUUUAUUAUUAAAUCUAAAAAAAAAAUUGAAAUUGCAUAUUCUUUGAGUUUGAUUUAUUGAAGUUGAUUCUGAGUAACAAUAUUUAUUAAGUUGGUUUUAUUUAAGUUCAAGGAGUAAAAUUUUGGUUCUAUGUGAACAGAUAUUUUAAUGUCUAAUACCUAAUUACUUUAUAUUGGUAUUCAGUUUCAUUUUCUUUCACUAUAAUAAAUUUUUUAUAGAUUAUUUGGUGUUUGGAAGUCUCUUGACCUUUCUGAGUAAAUGUCUAGUGUACAGUGUAAGAUGUUUCAUGCCUGCUAUUUUUUUUUUUUUGUGAAAACCUUGAGGUAUAAGUGCUGUUACAUGUACAUUAACAGCAUUUAAAGUGCUGUAAAUGUAUGCUACAAAUUAAACUUACAAUGAAUUUAGGAUGGAAUAUUCUGUGUAUAUCAAAAUUAAGUGUUGGAUAGUCGUAACUGUAAUGUGCUUCCAUGAUGAAGCUGGUGUUAAGUGUGUUAGUAGCUGUUGCUAAAGAUUUCAAACUGAUUGUAUACCAUUAUGCAGCAUGUUACAGCAGUAAAUACAGUAAAACCCUCUUAAGAAAAUAAUGGAAAAACCAAACAAUGUGCUUCUUGAGCAAAAAAAAACUUAUUAAAAGGGUAAAUAAAGUGUGAUUUUCAUGGGUUAAAUAGCUGCGAUGUUUGUAAAAUUUAAAGUAUCAAAUUCUACAUGGAUUAUAUUAAGGGAAACCAGUGAAACCUCACUGACACAAACCUGGAUAAAUCUAACAUUAGAUACUUAACCAUUCAGAAAAUGUGUUCAGUUGAUGAGUAAAUGAUUAAAUAGUCAUUUGUUGCUAUUUCAUCCCACCAUUUCAUUAUUUUUUUUCUGGGAAAUCUGAGGCUGAAACAUGGUUUACACGGGUGGAACUGUUACGGCUGGCAUGAACAGGUUGUGUUAGAGGGGCGUUUAAAAAUAGACUGCAUGAAAUAAAAAAAAAUCAUUAGAAAAUGGAUACAAAAAUUUAUUAAUACACAUUUACAAAGAAAUUCACGAGUUUAUCACAACUUCAAAAUUUCCUGAAAUCAUAUUUAGCAUGCAUUAAAACUUGUUUUCCACUAUUGAAUAGUGUUCAGUAAUUUUUCUUAAAUUUAAGAGUCCAGAUUUUUCUGGGUCUCUACAGUAGCGAUCGUUUAAUGUAUCAUUCUUAUAAUUGUGCUGAUGUUAACCUGUACUUCAGUCUCAAAACGUUUGACUCCUUUGUAAGUGUAAUCAAAAGUCUCAAUUUGCUGCAGUAACAACUGUUUCUCAAAAUGGGCUACAAUUUUCCUUACCCACAUGAACAUAGUUUGUACAGUGCAUUGCCAAAAAAUAAAACAAACAUAACAAAAUACACGUCUGUUUGCCAUCCACCUAGCUGAAAAUGGUGCACGAUACACAUGAAGUGAAAACAAAUGAACAGCCAGUGACGAAUAAUCUCUGACGAAGUACCAUAAUUACCAUAAAUGUUCUGAUACAUAUUGUGCAAAUCAAAUUUUACUGUACAUUCACCUUGGCUGCAGUACCAUAGUUGCCGUAAAUGGUCUGAUGCAUAUUGGGCAAGUUGGAUGUUACGGCACUGCUUGACAUGCUGAGCAUCCAUGGACCCAAACCCAAAUUAGCUUGCAAAACAAGUGGUCAUGAUGCUCAGAAUGUGUUCGCACUGUAAUGUAUUUAGAUGUACGAUAGAAAACAAAAAUAAUGUGUGUGUUGAUUUAGUGCAUUUUAAGCAGAAAAAUCUAAUAACCCCAAAAAUUAUCAAAUGAUGGAUUUUAAGGUUAAUGGUAUAGGAAACUUUUGGUACUAUGUUAUUCUGACGUUUUAGGCAGGUAAACAUCGUAAGCCAUGUUGUCUUAAAAGGUUUUUACUGUAUACAAUUCUAUCCAUAUAAGGAAUUAGUGUUGUUUAGACUUUCCUAGUAUUCGAGUACGUUUCCUUGUACUGUUUAUCUCUGCAUGUUCAGAUUGUAUUGCUGACAAAUGAACUGUAUUUAAGGAGAGAACUAAUUUUUUUGUUUUUCCUAAAUAUUUGGUAUGGUAGUAUGAUGAUUUAGUGUGUAAUGGAUUGAAUUUUGAGUACUGUGAGACCAUUUUAGUCUCCAUGAAUAACACACCAGUGAAUUAAAAUGAAAACCUUAAAGUAAAAUUUUUUGCAGAGUAUAAAUUCAGUUUUUGGUACUUUACUUUCUGGAAGAAACCUUUCUUGGUGAAAAGUAAUGACUACUUUCAGUUGGAAAAAAUGCUUAAACUAUAAAUGCUAAUAACUGUAAUGUAUUGUCCAAUAUUUUAUAUUUGCUUUAUUUGCCACAGCACAGUUUUCUUAAACAAAUACUGUUGCAAAGAAUUUUUGUUGAAGUAUCCCGACUUCAUUAUUGCAGGUUCUCUUGUAAAAUUAGAAAUAAGGUGUUUAAAAUUAAAUACUACAGGUUACUUUGCAAAAUAACCAUCGUAACAAAAUGUUUGUUGUAAUUAAGACCUUGUGGCUGUACCAAUCUUACUACAUACCUGUAUGAAUUUUUAGUUAGUAC